AUGUAUGCCAAAGGUGUUCUAGAGAAAUCUCCAAGAAAAUUUUCAUUUGAAAAUUCAAUGAUUCCAUCCCCUCAACCUGUCCAGUUACAUGGUUUGACUCAAGUGGAAGAAAUGUUGAUUGCUCGAGCUCUCCCAAUUAUGAGAGUUUAUAUUAAGCCUGGUGGGCAGAGGGGUUACUCAGGUCAUUGUGUGAAUCUGCCACAAAAUAUUACAGAGCUGGCAACAUCAUUGCCACGAUAUCCGAGAGCAUUAUCUGUAAUUCUGGUUAAAGUGAAAGGUAAAAACAAUACAUUUAAAGAUGUAAAAGUAAGAAGAGAGAAAGUACAUAAUGCAUUAUUGUGGUUGAUACAAAAUAAUCCUCUUUAUGCUGAGUUAGAAAUAGAUACUGAUGCAUUGAAUUCUUUACCAGAAAAUGGUGUUCCAACUGAUCUCGUGGCUGUUGAGACUGAAGAUGAUAUAAUUAACGAUAGUGACUUGAUGCCUGAUGAUCGAAAGCCCACUUACUGA